UUAGGCAGCAAUUUUUUUUUUGUUGUGGUCAGGGGGAUGAACGUGUCAUAAGAACUAGCCGUGGUUUAUAGAGGGGGUAGUGGAUGCAUGUUUAGCAAUGCGAUGAGGCCAGUGCACUUUGUGAGACUUGCGCUGCACAGAGCCUCCUCCGCGGAUCCCGCGACCUGUUGCCGCUGACAAGCCGGGGGAAAGGGAGAGGGAGCACGGGGAGCUCGCUCGGCAGAGACGGAGGGUUCUUUGCCUUGGAGGGUGUCUUCGCGGAGGAAAUCAUGCAGUUUGCAAUGUGGCUGCUUGGACUAACGUGUCAUCUGUCAGCACUUGUCCGCGACACUCUGCAAUACCGACUGCAUCCGAAACAAGAGAGCUUCAUCAAGCAGCUGUCAUCGUAUGAAAUCAUCACCCCGCUCCGACUGAACGACUUCGGGGAGUCGUUCCCCCACACGCUGCACUACAGGAGGAGGCGCAGGAGUUUGGCUCCCGUCGAUGACCUGUCGGGUUUACGGGUUCUCUACAGGGUUGACGCGUUCGGGGAGCGCUUCCAUCUCAACCUGACGGCGGACUCCGGCUUCAUCGCCCCCUCUUACACGGUCACACACUUGGGAGCGCGACAGGGCAGCAACGACACGGACUUCCACGACCCGAGUGAUAUGCGCCACUGCUUUUUCCGCGGACAUGUCAACGCCAAGAACGAGUACCCCGCGGUGUUCAGCCUGUGCACUGGCCUUAUUGGAACUUUUACAACACAACAUGGUGAAUAUUUCUUGGAACCUCUCUUAAAUGCUGCCGGAGAGGAGUAUGUCGAAGAGCACAACAAACCUCAUCUGGUCUAUCGACAUGAGAGGAAGAGGAACAUCUCGGAUACCGGCAACAACACAGUGCCUUGUGCUGCCUCAGAGGACUCCCAGGGGUCAGUCUCGUUUGCGAGCAGAGGGAAUAUGGGAGAGGAGCUGGACUCUCUGAGAGUGACAAUAGAAGACCAGCACUUGAAUGAAAACAACUCCACCGGCGCACAUCCCAGAUCCCCACGAAGACACAAGCGUUUCCUCUCCUAUCCCCGCUACGUUGAGCUGAUGGUGACAGCAGAUGCCAAAAUGGUCCGUCAUCAUGGGCGCAACCUAGAGCACUACAUCCUUACAAUCAUGUCAGUAGUAGCAGCAGUGUACAGGGAUCCCAGCGUAGGAAACCUAAUCAACAUCAUGAUUGUCAAGCUCGUCAUCGUUCACAAUGAACAGGAAGGGCCAACAGUGAGCUUCAACGCUGCCACGACUCUCCACAACUUCUGUGUUUGGCAGCAGACCCAAAAUGUCCAGGAUGACAGCCAUCCCUCUCACCAUGACACAGCACUUCUCAUCACCAGAGAAGACAUCUGCCGUGCGAAAGACAAAUGUGACACGUUAGGGCUUGCGGAGCUGGGGACCAUGUGCGACCAGUACCGGAGCUGCUCCAUCAGUGAGGAAAAUGGAAUUAGUGCCUCCUUCACCAUCGCUCAUGAGCUUGGCCAUGUGUUCAACAUGCCCCACGAUGACAAUCCAAAAUGUCGAGAGGCUGGCAUGAAGCACCAGUACCACGUCAUGGCUCCCACCCUCAACUACGACACCAAUCCCUGGUCGUGGUCGAAGUGCAGUCGCAAGUACAUCACUGAGUUUUUAGACACCGGCUACGGAGAGUGCCUCCUCGAUGAGCCGGUAGGCAGAACGUACGAGCUGCCCACCCUCCUCCCUGGUCAAAUAUACAAUGCCAACAGACAGUGUGAACUGAUGUUUGGACCCGGUUCUCAAAUUUGCCCCUACAUGAAACAGUGCAAGAGGCUGUGGUGUACGAGCGCAGAGGGGGACCACAAAGGAUGCCGCACGCAGCACAUGCCACUGGCUGAUGGGACCGACUGUGGCCAUGGAAUGUAUUGCAGACACGGAAUGUGUGUAAACAAGGAGUUGGACCUGCAACCAGUUCACGGGGAGUGGGGUACCUGGGGGCCCUACAGUGUUUGCUCCAGGUCCUGUGGCGGAGGAACCCGGAACACUGUCAGAGACUGCAACAAGCCUGAGCCCAGAAAUGGCGGUAAGUUCUGCGUAGGUCGCAGGAUGAAAUUCCGCUCCUGCAACACAGAGCCGUGUCCACGAGGACAGAAAGACUUCCGCGAAGAGCAGUGCUCCCAGUUUGACGGCAAGCACUUCAACAUCAACGGUCUACCUCCCACCGUCCGCUGGGUCCCCAAGUACAGUGGCAUACUGAUGAAGGAUCGCUGUAAGCUCUUCUGCCGGGUGGCUGGGACGAUGGCGUAUUAUCAGCUGAAGGACCGCGUCAUAGAUGGCACGCCGUGUGGGCCGGACACAUAUGACAUCUGUGUUCAAGGCCUCUGCAGGCAAGCGGGCUGCGACCACGUCCUCAACUCGAAGGCCAGGAAUGACAAGUGUGGAGUGUGUGGAGGGGAUAACUCAUCGUGUAAAACCCUGGCAGGGACCUUCAACGAUGCACAGUAUGGUUACAACACAGUGGUGCGGAUCCCGGCUGGAGCCACCAACAUUGACAUCAAGCAGGUCAGCUACUCUGGAAAGCCAGAAGACGACAACUACCUCGCAUUAGCCGAUAGCCAGUCCAACUCCCUCCUGAACGGGAACUUUGUGGUGGCCAUGUUCAAAAGGGAAAUCACCUUCAAGGGAACUGUCAUAGAUUACAGUGGCUCGGACACAAAAGUAGAGCGCAUCAACUGCACCGAGCGUAUCGAGGAGGAGCUUAUUCUACAGGUCUUGUGUGUGGGAAACCUCUAUAACCCAGAUGUCCGUUAUUCCUUCAACAUACCAAUCGAGGAGCACAGUGAGCAGUUUGUGUGGGACCCCUCGGGCUCCUGGCUUGAAUGCAACCGCAUCUGUCAGGGUGAACGGAGGCGAAAGUCAGUAUGUGUGCGUAAGAGCGAUCACCUUGAGGUAUCAGACCAACGCUGUGAACAUUUACCUCGUCCCGUUGCUGUUGCUGAGCCCUGCAACACUGACUGUGAAGUCAGUUGGCAUCUUGCUGGAAAGAGCGAGUGUUCUGCUAAAUGUGGUCCAGGCUACCGCAGCCUGGAUGUCCAGUGCAUGAAGUACAGCCUGAUAAAGAGACAGAGUGAGAGGAUCGAGGCCAGCAUGUGUGGAACUGCUGCAAAACCUCAGACCCGAGAGUCCUGCCAUGGGGACUGUCAGCUGAAGAACUGGCAGUACAGUGCCUGGUCACAGUGCUCCAAGACAUGUGGACGUGGGAGUCGGAGCAGAGAGUCUUACUGCAUGAACAACCUGGGCAGACGGCUGAUCGACCGCGAGUGCAAUGAAUACCAGAGGGUGGUUACUGAGACAUGCAACGAGCAGCCGUGUCCGAAGUGGACCGUCAGCGAGUGGAGCGAGUGCCUGGUGACCUGUGGGAAAGGGAUGAGACACAGGCAAGUGUCCUGCACCACAAGCGCCGGGGACGAGAAGCUGAGUGAGCACUUCUGUGACCCGUCCACCAAACCGCAAGCUGUGGGAAGCUGCGAGCUGCCUGAGUGUGCAUCCUGGCAGGUCGGCGUCUGGGGAGCGUGUGCGGUGACCUGUGGCCAUGGCUACCAGAUGAGGGCGGUGAGGUGUGUGUCAGGGGACUACGGCAACACAGUGGAUGACAGAGAGUGCAACGCUGCAGCGAGGCCCAGAGACAGUCAGGACUGUGAGAUGCCAGGAUGUCCAUGGACCUCUCCAGCAAAAAGCACACCUCGACCUGACAACUCAGCUCAGCUCCUGACUCAGUGGAGAUACGGCUCCUGGACUGCGUGCUCCGUGUCUUGUGGCAAGGGGAAGCGAGCGCGUUAUGUCAGCUGCAGAGAUGCCCAGGGAGGAGUGGCCGACGAAUCGUACUGCGCCCAUCUGCCACGCCCCCCAGAGACCUCCGCCUGCUUCAGCCCCUGUGGCCAAUGGCGUGCCGGGGAGUGGUCUCCAUGUUCAGCAACAUGUGGCACAGGACGAUCCACCAGACAGGUGGUCUGCUCUAACUACCACCAGCCAGUGGACCAGUCCUUCUGUGACCCGGAUGAGAAGCCUGCAACAGAAAAGGAGUGUACCGCUGUGCCCUGCUCCUCUACCUACAACCGCCAGCGCAUCAACAACCAGCCAUACGGAUAUCCACAGGACCCAGGACGCCAUCCAGGGCACAGCAGCUGGAAUGUGCCCUCUGCAGACAACCAGUGGAGGACCGGACCCUGGGGCGCAUGUUCCAGUACAUGUGCAGGAGGCUUCCAGAGACGAGUGGUUGUCUGUCAGGACGCUGAUGGACGCAGCAACAGCUACUGUGACGAGAGAGUAAAACCUGCCGAGUCCAAGAGCUGUGACUCCGGGCCCUGCCCUCUGUGGAACUACGGCGUCUGGGGAGAGUGCACCCAGACCUGCGGUGGAGGACGGAGGACUCGCCUGGUGGUGUGUCAAAGGCCCAAUGGUCAGCGGCUCAACAACUACAACUGUGACAUCCUGGACAAGCCCACUGACAUGGAGCAAUGCAACCUGCAGACCUGCCCAGGCUCCGCCUCCUGGCACCGCCGACCAUGGAAGCCGUGUUCAGUGACUUGCGGUCGCGGGACCAAGAAGCGAGAGAUAGCCUGCGUUCUCCAGAACCAAACCAAAACAGAGGAGGAGCACUGCAGCCAUCUGCCUCGCCCGCGAACACAGAAGGCCUGUCGGGCACGGGGAUGCCCCAGUUGGAAAGCCAAUAAGUGGAGGGAGUGCUCUGUCACCUGUGGAGUCGGAGUUCAGAGCCGAGACAUUUACUGCCGGCUCAAAGGCACCGGUCGGGUCAGAGAGGAUCUCUGCGACACUCACCAGCGUCCUGCUGUUACCCAACCAUGCCAAACAGCAGAAUGCACACAUUACUCUUGGGUCGCCGGUGAAUGGGAAGAAUGUAACGCAACCUGCGGAGAGGGUAUGCGGGGUAGGACGGUGGGGUGCAUAGGCCCAGGGAUGACACCUGUCCAGGACGAUUACUGUGAGCCGCCGUCCAGGCCUGCGUUACACCAGCAGUGCACGAGAGCUCCCUGCAACUACAUGUGGAUCACAGGGGAGUGGUCACAGUGCUCUGCCAGCUGUGGUCUUGGCUACCAGCAGCGUAUUGUCUCCUGCUCCAUGGUUCCCUCCUCCAAGGCUGCUCACCCGUACACAGCUGCCCAGUCGUCCUCUGCCAGCAGCACCUACUGCCCCAAGCCUCAUCCUCCUGGAAGCCGGCCGUGCCUCCUCAGAGACUGCCCACUCACAACCUACUGGAAAGUUGGCCCGUGGAGCAAGUGCUCGCAGACCUGUGGUGCGGGAGUGAUGGAGCGCAGGGUGGAGUGUGUGAACUCUAAAGGCCAACCGUCCAAACACUGCCGUCCAUCAGAGAGACCUGAGUCUCAAGCUGCAUGUCAAGACAGAGAGUGCCAGUUGCUGGCGUCCUGUCGGGAAGUCCAGGUGAGACAGGGUGUGAGGAUAAAUGGCGAGUACUAUCUCAAAGUCAGGUCCCGGAUCCUACAGAUUUACUGUGCUGAAAUGCAGACUGAUUUCCCCAAAGAAUACGUGACUUUGCGAAGCGGUCAGACGGACAACUUCUCUGAGGUUUAUGGUCAAAGGUUGCUGAACCCUUUUGAAUGCCCAUACAACGGCAGCCGAAGACAAGACUGCGACUGCAGGAAUGACUACUCAGCAGCGGGAUACACUCUUUUCCACAAAGUUCGUCUGGACCUGAGCUCCAUGAGGAUAAUGAUCACAGACCUCCAGUUUUCCCAGACUCUUCUUGGACGACCUGUGCCCUUUGCUACAGCAGGAGAUUGUUACAGUGCAGCCAAGUGUCCACAGGGUCAGUUCAGCAUUAAUCUGAUCGGCACCGGCCUCAAAGUAUCUGAGGCCACCAAGUGGACAUCUCAGGGCAACUAUGUCUCCGUCAAAGUCCACAGAUCUGAGGACGGGACAAGAAUCUACGGUCGCUGUGGUGGUUUCUGUGGGAAGUGCAUUCCCCAGGCUCACAAUGGCCUACUCCUUGAAGUCUACUGAGGGCCAUGCAGAGACCAAACCCCUAAAUCUUUCCCUGAAGACAGUAGCCCGGGAACAUGGAAUAAUCAUGUACGAGUGUGGUGGAGGCGCAUGUAACACUAAUCAUCCUGUAGUAACAUCUCCAGUUCCCAAAUGGCAGCUAAACCAUACAAGACUCUACGCACUGUGCUGUGCUUCAGAGGGCCACUGUCGGGUCCUUCAUCCAAACUGCUAACUCUGAAGAGGAGCCAGCAGUGGCCAUCCAACACAUCUGUGCUUUGAAACCUCAAGUGUUUUCUUUUUCUGAUACUGUUGUGAAUUCUUUUAGCAUCAUACAAAGGGAGAUCGAGCUUCAAAUAUUGGGGGAGUAAACACACACACACACACACACACACACACACACAAACAGACGUCUCCUCUCGCUUCAAGGAGCAAAUUCUUUCAAAAAAAAACUGCUGUCUCUGGUAUUCUGUGAAGUGAAGUGUAUUUUGUAAAAACAAACAAAAGAACAUUUAUGCUUCAAAUUCCAUGAUUUCAUUAUGAAAUACUUGGAACCCAUUUUGUUAUAUUGUACCUUACCCAUCUCACUGACUUGCAAUCAAGGAGACAGCAUAAAAUAUCACAUUGUAUAUGUGUAACAGUGACUGUCGUCCUGCAGUGAUGAAGAAGUGCUGCAUUGAGGAUAGUAUGUGAGGGAUGGCUUUGAUUUACAAAACUUACAAUCAGACAAAAACUUUUUUGUCCGACUAUACUAAAUGCUAAAAGCUAUGCCACCUCACGUCUUGGCCUUAAAGGCAUAGGUCAACAUUUUUGGUAUUUAUUUAGAUGACAUGUUCUACAACCCUCUCAUGUCUCUUUACUAAAUAUGAAGCUGCCAUCAGUUUCCAGUUAGCUGACCACAGUAUUGAGUUUAAACUCAUCCUUCAGGGUGCAGGAUUUAUAGAAACAGUAAUGAAGCAAGUAACUACUGAUAUUCUUCCUAAUCGGCCUUGUGUCAGUGGUCAAACUAUAGCAGAUCAUCAGGAGCCUUUAGAAAAGUUACAUUUAAUGUUAGGAUUUACCUUUAGUGUAUUUGUAGCUGGUCAUUUGCAAAGUUGGGAGUAGUGAUACUGUAACAUCUCUACUAUGGACGGAAACAAGAAGUGUAACUAAUACUGAACGUGAACAGCUGCAGACUAGCUCAGUGACAGCCUUCACCCGACUUUACUGUGUCGCAAAUAAGUAACUCAACUAAACAUUUGCAUUAGCCAUCAAUUUUUUUUUUCAUUUUGUCCGAGAGGACAAGGACAAAACUACAUUAGUACGUUAUAGAUCCUGUUCAGAUGGAUUAAAAUCUGUCCUGAGUGAUCAGAUCACAAGCGGUUAGUGCUUAUUACAUGUUUGAACAAACCAAAAUGCAUCCGGAGAUCCGUUCACUCAAACCACAUAGGGAGAUGGCACACAUUUGGACACAAUCGUUUCACUGCAUGAACACAAAUGUAUCUUGGGCCACAUAUGAAGCACCAUGUUCUCUGCUGGUAUCCUCUGACCUGCAACAGGUUCACAAUGGAUCAAACGUGUUUUUACACUUCUCUGUGACCACAUCAACACUGAGGGACACACAAUGACUGAUACUUUUCUUAAAUCUUUCAACUCACACUGGGUUCAAACAUUAUUUGGUCUUCUUUGGUUUUCAUGAACAAAAUCAAAUGCCCGAUUAUUUGCAUUUAGAGCAGGGAAGUGAGAUCUGAUCACAGGAGACACAUCCAGGACACAUUUGUAAGGUGUAAACAUCUCCUGAAGCACCUGGUGAAUAUUGAGAAACAUUUCAUUUCACACUGCUACAACAGUAUUACUGACUUGAGCUUGAGUUAAAGGCCACAGUGGUGAUGGGAACAGUGAUAGAUCAAAUUUGACACUUGUAUGUGAUGGAGAAUUUAAGUUGAUAUCAAACUGAAUGUUACUUUCCCUAGUUGCUAAUUACUUUUUGAAUGCAGUAAUUGGAAAAGUAACUCAGUUACUUUUUAAAGAAGUAACUGUAACCAAUUGCUCAUUUUCAGUUAUUUGCCCAACACUGGUCAUUUCACAGAAUUACUGAAACGUGUCCACUGACUGAUCAACACCGGUACUGUUCGGAAAUAACUGAAAUAUUUCAAUAUUUCCUGGUGUUCAUUUACAGCAUCAACAUUUUUCAUGGCUUUUUUUAAAACCAUGAGGUUUUUUUUAUUUUUGAAGUGUUAUUAGUGUUACUCUUUGAAGGCAUUAGUCAUACAAGUUCUCAUCUGUUACACUCUCCACUGGGCCUGUACUGUGGGUCCCUGCAACCCCUACCUCUCACACAUCCAUUGUCUAGGAGAUAUGUGUUGUAAUAUAUUUAUGUCUGACCAUAUUUAUUCUGUAUUGACUGUGAUCGUAGAUGCAUUCUGUGUUAAUGUACAAUGACUACUACAAAGAGAGAAGCCAUUGUCUGCUUCACUAAGAAAAAGUUAUUAGCCUGCAGUUUGUAGUGUAUAACCACUAACUUUAAAUGAGGAUCUUUUGAAAGGUGCUUUUGAACUACUGGAAUUACCUCUGAGACAACUUGAGAAGGAAAACACUGGCUUUGGGGAAUAAGAUGUGCUGCAGCAGAGCUUCAGUUCAUUCUGUAUGUAGCAUCAGCUUAUAAAUGUAUGCCAUGCUCCUCUAAUUAAUGGAGCUGGGAAAAAAACUAGCAUGUGGAUCUGUCAAACUCAUCAUAAACGACUUUCACCGUGAAAGCUACCAGAAACAACCUAACAUCCUGCUACUCCGAUGUUCAGCUUUAACCAAAGUUAGAAGAUAGAUGCAGAUUUAUUUUUCUUCUUCUCAGACAAUGCAGCUUAUUUUGAUUUAAAGAAUGGCUGAUAAAUGAUAAAUAAGUCAAUGAGCAGCUAGAAAACCUUUGGCUAUCAUUCAUUUCUAUGAUGGUCAAUUGUUCUAUGAGGUCUGUAUCAGAAAUUUAAAGAAUACUUGAUGCACUAUGUGCCAUGAAUUUUGUAGAAUUGUAAUCCUGUUUGUUUUUUGUAAUAACCAUUAAGAUUUGUAACUUAUGAUAUAUGUGUAUUUUUAAUAUUCAUACUUGAAUUGUAAACAGUGUGCUAAAUAUUGAAUGGUCAUUGUACUGAAUAGAGAGAUAGUGUGCUUGUUUGCCAUGCUUUAUCCAAAGAUGUUUUUAAGAAUCAUAUGUACCUACAGUAUGUAUGUAGCCUGUAAAAAAGAAAUGAAUGAUUGAUUCUGGUGCUAUGGUUACUAAUCGUACCAAUACUGUAUGCCCUGCUACUACGUGUACUAACACUGUCAAGACAUAAGUAUUAAUUAAACAUGCUAUCAGCUGA